GCCUCACUCCAGAAGAUGGUGAAAAAAAUAGAAAUCAGUCAGCAUGCCAAGUACACCUGCUCCUUCUGUGGCAAGACCAAGAUGAAGAGGCGAGCGGUGGGCAUCUGGCACUGUGGUUCCUGCAUGAAAACAGUUGCAGGGGGUGCCUGGACCUACAACACCACUUCUGCCAUCACAGUGAAGUCUGCCAUUAGAAGACUGAAGGAAUUAAAAGACCAGUAAAAGCUCUACUAUCUGAGUUUAUCUCUACAAUAAAUGGGUUAAUUUAUA